GUCGAGGAUGACCGGUACUCCUCACAAUGGAGUACCUUCCUAGUCUUCAACAGGAGUUUGAUGAGUUCAAGCCAUCACUCUUCGAACUCCUCGCUGAACAGCAACUAUCCGAUCUCCUUCCACCGUCUCUCCGCUAUCUCCUCGCGGUCGCGACACAUCGCCACCCGCGGUACCUUCUCCGGGUUCUCAACUCCUACGACGAGGUCUACGCGCUCCUCUCCCUAGUUGUCGAGCGGUACUACCUGCGCACUUUCGGUGGAUCAUUCACAGAGAACUUCUAUUCUCUCAAGCGCGAGCGCGUUCUCCGCACCAAGAAUGGAGAGAUCCCUCGCGCCCAGGUCGGCGCCGAAGCCCCCGUGCGCGAAGCCCUCAAGCUGCACUCGGCCGACGUGUGGAAGAAUCUGCUCGUCAUGGUUGGCAUACCGUACUUGAAACGCAAGCUCGAUGAGGGAUACGACAUUCACGCUGCGCCGCAGGCGGCACUAGCCUUGGGUGGCGGGCCGCGAUAUAACCCCAGUGAAGACCUACCGCACAACCCAACAGUACGUCAGCGCAUCUUCCACUACUACAAGUGGUUCUUGCGAAAUAUAUACCCGUCUGUAAAUGCGGCGUACUAUUUCUCUAUCUUGGCGUUCAACCUCGCCUACCUUUUCGAUAAUACCAAAUACUCCUCACCAUUCCUCUGGCUCAUUGGCACGCGCAUCCGUCGCCUGGGAGGCGCAGAUCACCGUGCCAUUGCCGAAGUGCUGGACCCCAAACCCGCACCUGGCGGUGGCCGGUCUCAGCGCCCUGGAUCUGGCUUGCUUGGCCUUCUGAGCCCCCAGAAUCUCCACACCCAGCUUCUGACUUCUCUGCGUUACUUCCUCCCUGCCUCAAUCUUCGCGCUGAAGUUCCUGGAGUGGUGGCAUGCAAGUGACUUCUCGCGGCAAUUGGCCCGCAAAGCAACCGAAGUCCUUGAUUUGCCUGCCCCGGUAGUCUCGGGGCUUACCAACCCGGCUGAGCGAAAGAAGUCCGGCCAAGAAGAAAAGGAAAAGAAGCAAGCAGAACAGGAAAAGAAGACUGGCGAUCUCAAAUCCGCCCUCAAGCCACCUCGCCGACACCAACCGCCUAUCUCCGCUACCUCAUAUCUCCCUAUCUUCACCGUUCCAUUACCACCCGGCGACACCUCCAGUGCCAACAUUUGCCCUGUCUGCUUAAACACACUCGCCAAUCCGACGGCCUGCCAGACAGGAUACGUCUUCUGCUACGUGUGCAUUUUCCACUGGCUUAACGGUGAACACCAACGCCAGCUGGAUUUCAUGAACGGCGAGGGUGCGGGUGCACCCUGGGAAGAGGAGAUUACUGGUGAUGAUGAUGAGGCAGCGAAGAAGUCCUCGGGUGAUAACGAAGAGAAAAGCUCUCGCAAGCGAGGUGGGAAAUGGGAGAGUGGAAAAGGAAGAUGCCCUGUUACUGGCAGGAGAGUCCUCGGAGGAACUGAGGGCUUGCGACGAGUUUUGAUUUGA